CCCGCGCCGCGCCGCGCCGCCCCGCCCAGCUUCUCAGCCAAACACCGAUCCCGAGAGGAGAGAUCAACAGGACAAAGAGAGGCGGGGAAUGGAAUCGGAAGCAGCAGCAGGAGCAGCGCAAGGGGAAGGGGAUCUCCUCCACCAAUUUGAGCGAAUCCUCCACGACGACCCGCUCAUAGACGAGGUCGGGUUCCUGCAUCCCACGCAGCUCGACUCGCUACUCGCCGGCGGCGCCAACACAUCCCAACACUUCUGGUGCAGCGACCACAAGCUCGCCGUCUCCACCGACGUCCUUCCCGACCUCUACCGCGCCGCUCGCCGCGCGCACUCCGACGCAGCACUCAAUGCCCCCUCACCGCCCGCGUCUGCUGCUGCCCUGAUCAUGACGCACAGCAAGGCGCUGCUCAUACUCUGCCCUGACCUGCUCACCGCAUGGAACUCCAGGAAGAAGGUGCUAUCAGUGAAUUACGAUCUCAAGCACCUCAAGGAUGAGCUGCAGCUGUGUGCCUUGAUCCUCUCCUACUCGCCCAAGAACGAGAGCACCUGGUGCCACAGGAGAUGGGUCAUCACGAAGCUUGCACAGCACAUUCAGGAUAUGUCGGAACUUAUAGACAGCGAGUCCCUACUAGUAAAACAGAUAGCAGAGAAAUCGAAGAUGAACUACCGUGCAUGGAGGCAUCGAUGCUGGCUCAUUCCUUUCAUGAAACCAGAACAGGUGCUGGACGAGUUGAACAAGUCAGUAAAAUGGACUGAGUUGCACGUGGCUGACAACUGCUGCUUUCACUACCGCAGGUCUCUACUACUUGCAUUGCUAGACAGCCACGGUGUAGAGAACGGAAACGAUUCCCUUUAUUUGCAGUCUGAUGCUCAUCUAAUGUGGAAGGAGGAACUAAGGUGGAAUGAGAUGCUCAUCAGGCGGUACCAAGGAAGAGAGUCGUUGUGGAUCCACCGUCGGUUCCUCUCGCAGUGGUGGCUACAACAGUUGAUAAACUCUGAAGAAACCUGCCCGUCAAAGGAGGAGGAGUCCCUGGCAGACCUCUUCCUAGCCCAGGAGAUACACCUCCUGUCAGACUGCCUUAUUGCUCCUAGUGAUGAGUUUGGCGAAACAGGCGUCCAGGCAGGGCUGGCAGCGCUCUACACUCUGUGGAUAUCGAAGCAAGAUGCAGUGGUGAAAGAGAAGGUGGAAGAAAGGUUGCAGCAGUCGGUUGGGAGCCUGAAGGAGGUGUUGGCAAGGGUCUCCUGGGACAAGAGCAGGCUGUGGACACAGCUGCUUCACUGCUGAUAUCGAGAUGGGUAGCUGUAUUAACUGUGUGUUAGUGAUAGAUCAUUGAGGUUUGUGGCUCCGGUCACUUCUGCUGUAUACGGUAGAGAUAAACAAGCAUUAACCAAUUAUAAUAGAAACCACAUUUCAUCUUCACGGUAUGUGAUUAUUGGGUGCCCUAUGUAGGGUACUCAAUUUGUUCC